AUGCAGCCAUUAUCAAUUAUCUUAGCCGUCUGCCUUGGGCUAGCAGUCGCAGCGCCAGUCAACUCUCGAGAAGCUCUCCCCGACAUGGUUGCUGACGUCUCCGUGCCUGACGACUUACUUCGACGUGACGUUGUUGCAGACGUUACAGUCCCAGUUGACCUACUCAAACGGGAGGAGGUCAUUGACGUUGAUAUUCCGUCUGACUUGCUUUGA